UUUAUUUUCUUCACUUCGCAUUCCAUUAAAGUUUUCUGCCAAGCUCGAUGGUGCGUGUAAAAAAGUGGUAUUUAUAAAAUGUUCCUCGUUUUUCUCCGAAGUGCAGUGUCUCUUGAAUUGAACCAAGAAAAUGCGAAUAUUCUGCUUCUAUAAAAAGGAAUAUUUGUAGGUAGAAAAAUUUGCGAAACUUGUGUUGAAAUGGUGGAGAUCGCUGGGUUGGAUUUUUAACGGUAAAAUGUCGCUUUGUGUAUAUUUUUAACCUGACAGUUUCAAAGAAGAAUAUGUCAGAGCUGGAAGCGGAUAUUGGAAUGUUGGAGGGUGCGGAAGAAGUUGAACCAAUCGACGAAGAUGAAAUUAUUGACGUUGAUGCCAUGGAUCUUGAGGAUAAUGAUAGGUGGUUGUAUGACUCCAAUCAAUGUUCCUCUGAAUCGAGAGUUCAUGAUUUGUACACCUGGCUGAAAUCAGAUCCCGUUUCGGAGCCUCAAGAACACCCAAAUAAUCUUAAAAAGUCUAUAGAUACAAGAACCUUUACCCGAGCAAAACGGCGGUCGAACCGAUUGAGUUUCGAUGCAAUAAUGGAAUCGCUAUCAUCACCAGUCAAAAAUUCAAUCGAAACGUUAAAAAUUCCUGGACAAUUUCGAAUGGACGAAGCGACAACGAGCAGAUCCCAAGAAAUUCCAUCGAUGCUCCGACCAAGAGUUGCCUCCCUUUCUGGACUCAUGGGAGAAGGCCAGCCAAGUUCAUUGAAUCGCGCGAGUCUCGAGGCAUUCCUAGACCUUUCGCAGUCUAAAGGCAUCGACUCCUUCAUCAACCUGACGGAGCCAGAAUUCGCCGACUGCUUAAUGAACGAGUCUCAGCCAUCACUGUUGUAUUCUUCCCUCAUCUCGACUGCAGAUGAGUCAAGGAAAAACGACACCCUUUGUGAAACAGACUCCGGUAUCCUGACUGAGUCCAUGAUGCAGACGAGUAUGUUCCAGGAGUCGUUAAACAUUAAUAGUUUCAGAGAAAUUUGCUCCAAAGACGAGGAGAGUCUGGAAAAUAAUCUCACUCGCACUUUGGAUCAAACUAAAGUUAACAGUCCUUUUAAUCAGACCGAGAUUUGCCUUAGUCCUUUUGAAAGGACUUAUGUUAAUGAAGAUCAUUUAGAGGAAAACUUAGGAAUUCAGUUAAAUUCUGUGAAUCCUAUUCACUACGAAGAAUUGCAAAAAACUAACGAAGCCUCGCCGAUUCUUCACUCAAACGGGUCCUGCAACUUCAGUGAAACACUCCCAUCUUUGCCACAUGAAUUAUCUCAUCAUAAGUUCGAUACGUCUACUCCCGAAGAGGGAAGACUAAUAUCAAAUGAUACAUUUGAGAGUCUAAACGCCAUACAAAUGAACGAAAAUUCUAUGGAGGAUGCGCUAAUCGAUGCAGAUAUGACUUUCAACGUGAAGCGUCUCUCCUGCCAAGGAAACGUUACCGAAAAUCUAUCGCCAAAAUUACUCCAUUUGAAUGCGACCAGAAAUAUCAAUAAUAACAACAAACAAACAAAUGCCUCCAAUCUGAGACAAGAAUUGCUCGAGGAAGUGGAAAGAAGUGAGAGGAAGAUGGACUCAACUUUUUCGCAGGAGAAAAUUAAGCAGAGAGAUUUGACAAUGACCUACGAGAAUUCUAAAGAAACUUUCGCUGCUCCUUUGGAUUAUUAUAAGACUUACACGAGAGAGGGAUCGAAGAAAUUUACGCAGUCGCAGGUCGAUAAGUAUCAAGAUUUUUCGUGUGAAAUAAGUGACAAAAGGUUUCAGACUUUCAGAAAAACUUCAAAGAAGGAGGAGAGAGAAACGGUUAAUUCUACGUUUUUGAAGACUGAAGAUGUGGCACAUGUUAAUGCCACUUUUUCAAAGAACGAAGAAGUGGAAAUGGUAAAUACAACUUUUCUGAAGAAUGAGAACGUAGAAAAGAUUAACAAUACUUUCUCGAAGGAGGAGCAUGAAACUGAAGAGGAUAAUGUCAAUACGACGUUUUGUAAACCUCCACAGCAGAAAAUUGUGAAUUCCACAUUCAACAAACCGCCACCUAGAAAGCUAACAGCCCCAAGAAACUUUUCGAAGCUGCCACAGUUUUUGCAAAAAUCUAAUCCGAACAUUCCCACUUCCAACACCCUUAGAACAAUAAAAGCGCCUGGAAGUUUCGCUUAUACAAAAGGUUCGCAUCCAAAUAUUCCCAGAGCUAUGGAUAGAAUGUAUUCCUUGGGAAAAUACAAAAGCGAUUCUGAGCGGCUCUUGCGAUCGAUCAGGAAUUCAUCGGAGCAGAUUGGAAAUGCAGGAGGUUCCACGGAGAGCAUUGAGAGUACUCAAAGUGCUCCUGAUUUGGAUGAUAGGUCGAGUGUGUGCUCAGACAGUAGUCGUAGUUCUUAUACGAUUUUGACGACUGCGAGGACGAUUCUGAACCAAACGGAAGUGGUAAACUCGAAAGCAAUGCAUAAAAUGAUGCCUCAUGGUUUCAAGCCAGAAUCGACACCAAAACCAAACAGACAAAUCCUCGAAAAUACUUGGGUUCAGGCAGAAAACGAUUUGCCUUCACCAAUCCUGAAAAAUAAUAUCGAAUGUUCAAAAAGUAAUAACGUUUCUCCACACAGCGAUCUUAAAUCGAGUUCGCCAUUUUUCAGCCCAAGCAGUUCAAAUGAAAAUAUAAAUUCUCUCGAUGUUGUUAAAAACAAUUCUCGAGAGUUUAAGUCACCAAAAGAGAGCGAAAAACUAACAACGAAAGUCUCACGGGCACCGUCUAAUGAAGCAAAGAGCCAUAUGGAUUCAAGGCUGAAAUUACGGCCUCCGACGAAUUACAACGCGGCGCGACCAGCUAUUGCAGCGAGUGGGAUUCCGAGACCGGCCUCUCGAAUUCCAGCCCCGAAAUUCUCACGGCCACUCUCUCGAAUCCCGGAUCAAAAAAAAGGCUGAUUAAAAGUGCUCAAAAUUAAGGGCAAGCUCCCGCAAAUUAUAUUUUUUCUGCGAUUAUUCUAAUUCGAGAACGAUGUAGAUUGCGCUUUCGAACAAUCUGAAGCUUCCUAUCAAUAUUUAAUUGAUUUCUGGAACGUGGGUCGCUUUCUGAGAAUCUUAGUCACUGUCAUUAAACCUCAGCAUAUCAACGGAAUUGCUCGAGUUUUCCAAAGUUGAAAACUCUUUCGUUAUUGCUGUUUUUUUUUAGAGAGAAAUUGUGAUUUUGAUACAGUUUUUAUAUUGUAAAAUGUUAAUUAUACGCUUCUAAUAUUUAAAAAUCGAAGCAUAAUCUAUGACAAUGAUCGCUGCCAAAAAUCAGUAUCUGUACAUCGGCUUUAUGUAUAAAAAUGUCUGAAGCGUAUGUUUAGUUUAUUUUUUAUUUUAAUAGAUAACUUAGGAGAUUUUAAAGGGGAAGACUGCGAGAAAAAAUCGCCCGUACCCCAUGCCAUUUCUUGAAUGCAACUCCGUCCCACAAGUUUGUCCAAAUUUUUUGUACAUGCCUGUCGAAUUCGUUUGAAUAAUUUUUUGGAGUUGAAAUUCAAAAAGGGAUCGUUUUAGUCAUAUUUUUUUUGUAACAUAAGCUGGGGUAAAGCGCAUAGGAGAAAAUCAGUUUCAUUAAAAAGUUCUUAUUUAUUGAAAGAAAAAAAUUAACUUUUUUAAUGCUGACAAAAUAUUUAACAGAGUAUAACAAUAAAUGUAACUAAGGUGAUUAAAACAAUAAAUAAUUUUAACCCGUGUUCACGUAAUAAUUAGUUAGGUGUACUUUUUUACUCUUCGCAUACAAAUAUUACUUCAGAAUGUUGCUGGCUGUGUUGUUAACCAUAUCAAUGAUGAAUUUAACUAUGACCCAAAUGUGAAACUUGAUAUUUUAUCAAUUUAAAAUGGUAAAAAUCCUCUGAAUAGUUUACUAAAAGUUUUCAAUUUUCACGUUUGCGUUAAGAAAUGUUCCAUGAUCGUACCUCAAACGAACCCGUCAAUUACAUUCAGAGAUGUUAAGAAACCUUAAAAUCAAUCAUAAGAUUUAUGUUGGAUUAGUGUAAAAUUGAUGCGAAUACGAAAUCACUAACUGCCUUUUCUUCACAGAGAGCUUCAAAUAUUUUUUACUUUUGAUCGCUUUCUAUUCCUAUUGUACAAAAAUCGUCGAGUAUUUUUAACUGUGCCACUUGUAACGUGAAAGUGCCUUUAAUGUAAAUAAAUCAGUUUUAUUUUUAAAAUUUAACUGCUUCCAAUUAAGGAAUAAGGAAUUGUGCAUAUUAUCGAAAAGUGUUCGCUAAUGUAAAAAAUCAAAUAAAUUAUCGUCUUUUCUAAUUU